AUGACGUCGUUUUUUUCUGUAUCUUUCUCACCCCUCCCCUACAACUUGGCAUCUUCAUCAUACUCACAAAAUGCCUGUUAUUGUACGCCAAAAGCAUACCAGCAAAAAUGUGAUGAACUGGAGGUUCAGGAAAAUUAUUUAUACUCAAAGAUCAAUAAUGUAGAGAAAGAGAAGAAAGACAUAGUUCUCUACCUAAAACGCACACUGGCUCAAAAAGAAGAUGAACUGAUUGAUCUGGCUGAGACGUUAUCAAGACAUCAGCAAGCUCAAGAGGCUGAGAGAGAGUCCUUUGAGUUACAACUGAGCCUGCUUAGAUACGAGCUUCAGGAAAAUAAGGAAAAAUUCAUAUCUGAGAACAUGGCGCUUGCUGGUAAACUGGCGUCUUUGGAGGAGUUCUCUAUACAGAGAGAGAAGCUUAUGGCUGAACGCAGGUGUUUGGAAGAGCAGCUUCAAAAGCAAAAAGAAGAACAUCAAGCACAAAUCUAUAAUCUGGAGAAAAAAGCAGUACUGGACAAUGACAGGCUAAAGAAAGAAAUGCUGCAACAUUUUGCUGCUGUAGCAGCUGAAUUUCUGCGGGUUUCAGAUCAGAGGAUGCCCAAGACGACAAAGAAGGCCAUGCAAGAAAACCUCUCUUUGACAGCACAACUUCAGCAGCUCUCAGACAAGACCAAGGAGCUGCUGAAGGAGAAUGAUGAUCUGCGAGCAAGAGAAAAGCAGCUCAAAAUAGAGAAUGCCAUCACUGAACCGCUGCUACAUGAGAUAACCAAGAAGAAUGUUGCUAAUCAAAAGGUUAAUCAAAAAAAGUGUAUACGUAGUUUGUCAGAAAAGUGCAAGCAAAUGCAGUCUGAAGUGGAGAAAUGUGCCAAACUUAAAGUGGAGCACCAAGAGCUGCUAGACAGUCACUCUGCAAUAUAUACAGAGCUUGAUGCUCUCAGGUUGGACUCCUGAAGUUGCUUAUAAAAAAAAAAACAUGCAACAGUAAUAGAAGGGCUAAACCAAACAAAAGCUGAAGCCAAGAGACAGAGGAAAGAGCUUGAAGAGGAACAGAUGUUAAGAAAACAGCUAAAAACAGUUCUUGAGGAAGCAGCAGUAGCUUUAAAAGAGGCCCUAAGGUUACAUGAGGUCCCUAAAGAGGAAGACUCAGAACUGAAGAUUACUGUCAGACGAAAUUAGAUGAUGCAGAAGCUGCUGGCUGAGCUGGACAGUGCUGCAGCUUUAGGAAACGGUCCAGCUCUUACUGACUUCAUACCAGAGGCGACUUGCAAAAUCUACUUAUCUACAUAUCUGUCUCACUUCAAAACUGGAGAUCUGGGAUUGGUCCCUCGCAAAACACACACUACAUCAUCAAAGACAGGAAAUCUCUCUAAGAGUGCUUAUACCUAUGUACGUAAGUAAGUAUACAGGUUAUGGCACAUCAA